CUCCCCUUCCUACUCACAGACUCACGUACUUACCCUUGACCACGACAUGUCCUCCUCCUCUUCCUCCGCGACAGACGCACAGAAUCUCGACCUAGCCGCACUAGGCGACGCGCUGGAUGGCGGUGAGGAUUCCACCACCACCACCAAGGGGAACAAGGGAGAGGCAGGCGGCGAUUCCCCCGCGACCCUUUCUCCAAAUUCAGUCGGCUCUCAGUCCCCGACAACGUCGAGCAACAAAUCCACCCUCCCAACCGCAACGAUGUCAAGUAGCACAAUGCCGACCUCAGCCACGACGACGACGACGACGACGACGAAAGCGCCAGAAACAACAGCGACGCCCGUAAAGCCAUCUACAGCUACACAGCUCAACUCGACCUCAACGCCCACGCCCACCGCAGAUGCAGCAGCGGGCUUGGACGCGGAGCUUGCGGGCAAGAUCAAAGCAGUAAAGGGCAUGUUCCCCAGUCUGGACUCGGACACAAUCUCCGCCGUUCUUACGGCAGAGGGUGGGGAUGAGGAGGCGGCCGUGAAUGUUUUGCUGAGCAUGUCCGACUCCACUGCUUCACCACCGUCUGGUGCUGCUGCGGACCCCGCCGCCCACAUAUCCAGCGACGAGGCCCUCGCGCGUAGCCUGGCGCUGGAGGAGGACGAGCGAUACGCGCGCGAGGCACAGGCGAGGGAGAAUAGACGUGGCUACGCUGGGCGGGGAUCACAGCAGCAGCAGCAGCAGCACCAUGGGAUGGGAGGAGGUCGUGGAGGGGGAGGUGCCGCCUCCUUCUUUUCCGACCUGAAAUCCAGCGUCGGCCCCCUUUUUGAGGGUAAAGGCCCCUUAGCCCGCUCUCGAGAUCCUGAGCGCGUUGGCGGAGGGAGUGGGAGUGGGGGAGGAGGAGGAGGAAGUGCGGUGUGGAGCGACUCGCCCACACCUGGUGCACGGUAUGAUCCUAAUGCGUUGCGGUAUCAGCCUAGGGUGAGGAAGGGGCCGGCCACGACGCCAGGUGCGAGAGGAGGGGCAGGCGUGGGCCAGGGGCAGGGCCAGCAGGGGUAUGGGUACGGGUACGGUCAGCAGCCAGGAGUAGGCGCAGGCGCGGCAGAGGUGAGCCAGCCGUGGAGUCGGACCAUGGGUGUGACCACCCCUCAACAGCAGCAACAGCAGCAACAACAAGCUCAAUUUCAACCUCAACCUGCCCCACACCAGCCAAUCAAGCUCUUCGGCGCCGGCGCUCCUCAGACUCCUCAGACCCAGGCACAGCCGCAGGCGUCGACAAGGGAUACGGGCAAGGGCCGCGCAAUAGGCAUGGGUGCGGGUGCGGGUGCAGGUGUGGCUGCUCUUGGCGCGACAGCCGCUACCUCAUCCAACGCAGCGCCGCCGGCCUCGAUCGCCUCUAUCCUCGAGCAGGGCCGACGUGACGAUGGCACUUCCCCCUCGUCUGGAGCUGGAUUCGGAGGGGCGCGAGGAGAAGGAGGAGGAGGAGGAGGAGGGGAUUUGGGCGACGAGGUGGAAGACGAUGAUGCGGAUGCCGACGAUCUAGAUAGCGAUGAUCUGGACUUGGAGUAUCAGAAGAGCCCCUUUGAUGAUGAGGACUAGUCCGUUCGCCCCCCUCCUUUUCCCAGCUUUCACUCCAAAUUCAUCGAUGAAAUGAAAUGAAAUCAUGAUCCCAUUGGCACACCUU